UGACGAUCCUUCGUAGCCUCUAUCCUUAAGUUGAUAUAAACUUGGGUUGAGUUGACCUAAGUUUUCAACGAAGAAAUUUCUCUACAUCUCUCACUUAGUUCAUUUGUCUCUCUUCUUAAAAUGCCCAAGCUAGAAACUUUUGAAUUACAUCCUGAGGGGUGGGAGUCAGACCCAGAGGAUGAACGUUUCAAGUUGUGCACACUGGACUAUUGUGUCCCGCUUGUGUACCUCAAUUAUGCUGUCUUUUUCAAGUUCUUAGACGCCGAUAAGCUGAAAGUCGUUCCUGUGCUCAAACGUGGGCUCGAAGUCAUGUUGAGUCAAUGUCGCCAAUUAUGCGGCACAAUGGAGGCCCAUCCAGAUGGCGGGCUAUGUUUCCACAAGAGAAAAGAUGACACUGUCCAAUUUCAUGUGCAAUGGCUGGAUGGCCCCGAAGAUGAAGGCAAAUACCCAAGUUUUGAUGAGCUUGAGAAGCAGCAUUUCAACCAACUGGCUAUGGGGGAUAUCGAGACCUGGUGUGUUCCUCCCAUGAUAUGUGGAGAGAGACCCGAGGCCCUACCCGAGAAUAAUCCAAAAGUAGCUGCCUAUAAAAUAUCUUUCAUUCGUGGCGGCGCAGUAUUGCUGACGCACCAUCACCACUACGCUAAUGACGUUAUGGGAUGGGCUGGAGCACUGCAUCAGCUAGCCGAGAACUGUGCAGCUAUCUGGAAAUCUCCGCGAAAUCCGGACUUCCCACCAUGGGACCCUACCUGUCUCGACACCUCUAGGCUUACUAAGCCGGAUGCUCCCGAGGACCAGCUUACCGAUGGACCCCCACCCCCUCUGCCACAUCCAGAUCACAGAGAACGCCAAUGGUUGUUGUUCCACCUCUCCAAAAGCAAGACAGCCGAGUUGAAGAAACUUGCGAGUCCUGAAGAUGGAAGUUACUGGAUCUCCAGCUAUGAUGCCUAUAUGGCCUACAUCUGGCGCUAUUUAUCAAAGCACAGAUCUAAGUUGUUUAAACGAGAUCUGAGCGAGAAGCUUCUUUGGAGUGAGUCUGUUGAUAUGCGGAAGCGUCUUCAUGAUCCUCCAGUACCGCGACGCAUCCAGGGUAAUGUCCUCUUUUUGGCGUCGAGCACACAAGGAUUUGUGCCGUCUCUCACAGCCGCUGAGGUCAUAUCAGAAGCCCCUUUAUCAAAAUUAGCUUGGUAUAUUCGCCAACUCACCAACAAUUCGACUCAGGAGAAUGUAGACGCCGCGCUCACGGCCAUUUCCUACGUUCGCAAGAAGCAAAAUCUUUGCCAGCGCAUUGAUAGCUUUCCACCAUUGAGUAGCGUAGUAACUGACUGGCGGGACGCGGCAGUUAGUGAAGCCGAUUUUGGCUUUGCUAAGCCACACGCUUUUCGGAUACCUAUGACCUUCGUUAUACCCGGAGUGGUGGGCGUUUACCCAGUACGACUAAUCGACCCUCCAGCGGGCGAAGACGAAGGCAAUGAAUUGGAAAUUGGCUUCGAGAAAGAGAUUGCUAAGGAUCUGAUUGAGGACCCUGAAUGGAACAAGUAUUUCGAGUUGAGAGACGCUAGCUUCAAGUAGAAGCCUCCUGCAGGAAGCUGUGUUAUUGAAGAAUAUAACGAUAUUUGUUCAGCUCUAGUGUUCUGAC